GUUUGCCUUCCUCAGGUUACUCUCUGCGGGCUCAUUUGCUGGCUGUGCGAGCAGGAAAGGGAAGUCUCCGGAGCUCCAGAGAUGCACUGUGCUGAGGCCAAGAGGCCUUUAAUUAAAUUCGACCACUGCAAGAUGUCCAUCUACAGCUUCGGGGUGCCACAGCGCUGCCCCCUCUGCCAGCAGGACGUGGGCUCGGCCAGGUUGGAGGAAGCCCCGAUCAGCAUCUCCAGUCCACUUACCAACGGGCAUCGGGAAACAUGUUCCUUCCUCCUCAGACCAACCCAGGGCACGUUUCUUAGGGAGUACGAUGGGCAGGCUGAUCUUCAUGUUGGAAUAACCAGUACCACAGGGGUCGUGUACCAUUACACAGCACUGGGUGUCCAGCGGGACCGGGCGGGGUGGGAGCAGAGCCUGAGCGUCCCCCUGGUGCAGCCCGGCCUGUUCGCACUGAUGGACCAGUGGGACAAGUACCUGGAGGACUUCUCUGCCGCAGGGGCCUGGCUGCCCCACAGGUACGAAGAAGAUCACCACAACUGCUACAGCUAUGCCCUCACCUUCGUCAACUGCGUUCUGAGCAUUGAAGGCAAAGCACAGCUGGACAAGAGCGAGUUCACGGAGAAGUAUGUGCUUCCUAGGACGAGGCUGGCCUCCAAGUACAUCACACUCCACCGGGCCGUGGAGGAGCAUGGCUUCUACGCCAUCGACUGGCCCCACCCUGAGACAAGCCGUCCCUGAGGAAGCCCGUGUGCGCGUGUGUGUGUGUGCGUGUACGUGUGUGUGUGCACGUGUGCUGGAGAGGGGAUGGCUGCUAUGGGUCACCUAAGGGCAUUUCACCAUGGCUGAGCACACGCAUGGCUUUUCUUCAAGGUGAGGGGUCACGGAGCUAGUAGACAUUUCAGGCCGGGGUUGUGGCCUGGUGUGUGCCAGGUCCUGCAUCUCACCCCCAGCACUGCAAUGAACAAACACUAACAAAUAAAACUGU